GUGGUUCUAGUCGAAAAACACCGUCCAGAAAAGACACCGACGGGUCAGUUUUGGAAAGUUUUGCACAGUCCCUUGACACUUCACAGCAUCUCCAGAGCCAACAUGACACUGCGGAGUUGACACAGAAUGUUACUAACAAAUGAAGGCGUGGAUUUGACGUGGUUAUCGUCGGGAAUAAAGUUGGGAAGCUACGAGGUGAAAAUGGAGAGAACAGCUGAGUGAGAGUGGGGUGAGGAGGCUGGAUUUGGCAAGCUGGGAGUCCUGCCCUGCUGCUAGCUAGCUUGUUAGCAUGCUUAGCUCCUUGGCUGUAUCGGAUAAGUAAUGAGAGCCUCCCUCUCUUGUUCUCCAACCUGCGAUUCUCCAGGGAAGCUGCUUUAUCCCUGGCAAGACUGACGCUAACGUUGAAGUUUUUCCCAAUGGAUCGAAGCCUGUGUUUACUCAAGGGGUGAAAAAAAAGUUUAAAAUGUAGUCGAUGAUUUCAUUUUCUAUGAAACCUCUGCAAAACUGAUGAAUACAACAUUGCAACAUUCCUAAGGGCAACCGCUCUUAAUGUUGUCUCAAAGACGUUUGAUGCCCCGGUUCAAUCAUUUUAGUGCCGUGAGCAUCCAUACUAACCCCACUUAAGAAAUUUUCCUCCAAACCUUGAACAUAUUACGCCAUCCCAGAUGGGGCCCUGCUAGCCCCUACAAGGGAUAGAUGUAACCCCUGCCUGCAUACACCCCUUCCUGGAUGCUGUGUAUGUUGGGUCAACCGGCACAUAUUUAUAAAAUUAUAUUGUUGUAGUAAAAACAAUAUGGCAUUAUGGCACUUGCUGGAGGUAUGACGCUAUCUUAAAUACCUGCCACAAUGCAUACAGAAACUCUUUGACCCUUUGAUUUCAGCUGUGCUUCAGUAGGUGUAGCAGUUGUAUUCAUAAACUGUCUGACUGCUGAUGACACCUUAUUGGGACUUGAGUGGGUGUAAUCAGUUCGUGAACUUUUUAUCUGAUCCUGCGCACAGCCUGGAUGUUGGGCUCCCUGGGUCUGUUGAAUCAGCUGUUGCGGUGAUGAGGCAGGGCUACUGGUGGCCUGUGUGGCUCGCUGGGCAGCGGCCCAUGGUGAUGUGAUGGGGUGCAGGAACAGUAAGGUCCUCCCUGAGCCUCCAGGGGAUGUUCAGCUGGACCUCGUCAAAAAGGUGGACCCUCCCCAGCCCCCUCAGACAGACAUCUAUAAGCACUUCAUACGAGGGGAUGGCACAGGAAGCAAGAAUGGUGGGGCUGGGGGAGGCGACAAGGUGGACUCCGCUUCCCCCUUUAAGGCCCAAGCUGCUUCCCCCACCCCCACUGUCUCCGCCCAGCCCCGCAAGGACCAAUCUGAACUGUCGGACCCCCAGCAGAAAAAGGUGGCAAGGUACCGGGCCAAGUUUGACCCACGGGUCACGGCCAAGUAUGACAUCAAAGCUCUGAUAGGCCGAGGCAGUUUCAGCCGCGUUGUCCGCGUGGAGCACAAGAGCACGCGGCAGCCGUACGCCAUCAAGAUGAUUGAGACCCGUUACCGGGAGGGCAGGGAGGUGUGCGAGUCGGAGCUGUGCGUUCUGCGGCGCGUCCGCCACACCAACAUCAUCCAGCUGAUGGAGGUUUUCGAGACGGCCGAGCGCGUCUACAUGGUGAUGGAGCUGGCCACUGGCGGAGAGCUCUUUGACCGGAUUAUCGCCCGCGGUUCCUUCACUGAAAGGGAUGCCACACGGGUGCUCCAGAUGGUGCUUGAUGGCGUCAAGUAUCUCCAUACCCUGGGCAUCACCCACAGAGACCUGAAACCGGAGAACUUGCUCUACUACCAUCCAGGAGCCGACUCCAAGAUCAUCAUCACCGACUUCGGCUUGGCCAGUAGCAGGAAGAAGGGGGACGAGUGCCUGAUGAAGACCACAUGCGGUACACCGGAGUACAUUGCCCCUGAGAUCCUGGUGAGGAAGCCCUAUACGAACGCGGUGGACAUGUGGGCACUGGGGGUGAUAUCGUACAUCCUGCUGAGCGGAACUAUGCCCUUUGAGGACGACAAUCGCAUGAGGCUCUACAGGCAGAUCCUCAAGGGAAAGUACAGCUUCUCCGGAGAGCCAUGGCCCAGUGUGUCCAACCUGGCCAAAGACUUUGUGGAGCGCGUCCUGACGGUGGACCCCAGUGAGCGGCUAACGGCCGGCCAGGCCCUCAAGCACCCCUGGAUCGUGAGCAUGGCUGCCUCCUCCUCCAUGAAGAACCUGCAACGCUCCAUAUCUCAGAACCUCCUGAAGCGGGCGUCCUCUCGUUGCCAUAGCACUAAGUCGGCCCAGUCUACGCGCUCCAGCCGUUCUACCAAAUCCAACAAGGCACGGCGUGCUCGAGAGAAAGAGCUCCGCGAGCUCAACCGCCGUUAUCAGCAGCAGUACAACGGCUGAACCGCUGACCACAGGAGCCAACGAUGAUCAAGUAACUGAGACUCUGGGGGUAACAGCACUACAGUGGUUGAACUUGUACCAUGACUACCACUGCUCAAAGUUGCUGCCAGUGUUAAAGGCCAAAAAUGGCAGAAAGUACCAAAUCAUUGUCACUAAAACAGGAUCAUGACUUCACUAGAUCUGUGGCUACUGGCAACAGUGGAAAUAAAGUUGAACAGUAAUUGUUGCCAGUUGCAACUGUACAAGUCCAAUGGUCUAAUCUAAAUUGAUCCACACACCAUUAGGACAAUGCAAAGGUGAAAGAUAGUGAGUUCCUAUGGCAGCGUUUCUUACGAUGAGCACAGAAAAGGACACACCAGUACAGUUUUGUACUGUAACAAUCCCAAACUGUUCCAUCUCUCUGCCUAUUCAUCCAUCCCCUUCACCUCUUCUUUGGCCAGAGUGCCUAAAGAGGAAGGAAGUGCCUAUUCUAUUCCUUUUAUCGCCGUUUCCUUAACUUCCUGUGUCCCUUCAUAUUUAUUUAUUAUUAUUGACAUGAUUAUUGAUCUCCGUUCAAAUGGUCACUGGAUGAUGACCAUCCACAUGGAUCUGUUGAACAGAAUUCUAGGUACUGAAGUUUCUAAGACGUAAUGGACACUUAAGAAGAGGGGAAAAUCUGUUCCCUUACUUAUUCCUGAUUUUAAAAUUGCUGUGAAUUUAUUAUUGUGCUACAGGAAGACUUGGAGACAUAGCAAAGCAGACCUUAUCUUAAGAGGUGGGCAAUGGAAAUACACUGCAACCCGUGCACAUCAUAGAAGGCCAAAAUGGAAGAUUAUUUUUUUAGUCAAGUCUAAGCUUUGCUAUUCUUGCCAUUAUUGAUCCAUUGAUAUCAUAAAAGCUGUCAAAAGAUUGUGAAGUUGUUUUUCUCUGGUUCUGUGUCAUCAGCACUUAAUCUCAACUGUGUUUCAUCAAAUAGGCCCCCUUCCCAAUGAUUAGUGUAUGUUCAUAGAUUCCCUUAUGACAUGCUCUCACUUGUGCCCUUUGUGUUUUGCAGCAGCUUAUAAAGUUCGAGUACUCUUCAUAAGCUCUUACAUUUUCCUUGUUGUUUACAAUGGGAAUGACACACAUGCUUUUUUGUGUUAUUGUUAUACCGAGCCCAGGGGUCAGGCAUCACUCGUUUUUUCCUGAGCUUCCCAUGGAUGUAUAGUAACUCUCAGCUAGACAGCUUGUGUUCUAGCCUGCAGAAAACAACUUCGGUGGAUCUUAACCAUACCUUUAAAUUUGUAUUCUCAUAUCUGAAAUGAAGGAAUCACUGAAGAUAAUAAGGAACAUGUAGGACCGAAUCAAAAGACCAAUGAUAUGUAUGAUUUUAAGUGAUAAUGGUUUAUGUACAUAUAUGUAGCUCAUGAGACUAUGCAGUCGUAUGCAUAAGGUAACCUUUCUUAAAUUGAAAUUGGAAAUUUUACCUUUCCAUUGUAAGUGCACUUAUGAUUUAUUUCCAAGGUCUCGUCCAGAAAAUAACAACUUACCAGAACCUUAAUAGGUACAGUGAACAAACAAUGGGGUUGUAACACACACCCUUUCAACCAGUUCUCCUCCAUUCUCUGUCAUUUCUUUGUUUUUACUCUGAAUCAUACUCUAAUCCAAUACCCAUGAGCAUUCCCAUCCACUAAGAAUAUGCUGUAAGUCAAUGUAGUGUGAGGACUACUGCACAAAUAGGAGUUAAACGAAUACUCCAGUGUUUUGGGCAGUUACCCUUUUUCUGAUUUACUCAGACUGAGACAAGACGUUUGAUACCAUCCUCACCUCCGUACAUCCUGUAGUUCGGUUCACAUAUAGGUAGUAUUUUGUGUUAGCUUAGCAUAAAGACUUGAAACCUAUGGGAGUCAUUAGCUGAGCUCCAUCAAAGUGAGAAAAAAAAAUACCUUACAGUAACUCCAAAACCAAGAAAUGAGAGUCGUCGUGGGAGAAGUUAAUUUUGUGCCAGAUCUAGCUCCACCUUCAGAGGUGCACAGAUCAUUGUGAUAGGUGGGGGGAUAAAUGUGUUCAGCAGUUACAGUUCUACCAUCUAAAUUCUCCUAAAACAACUAUUUUUUUUGUUUUUGUUUUUGUUUUUUUAAUCCCAAGACGUGCAUUUCAGAUACAUAUGAUACACUGUGUAAAUAAGACAGCUUCACAGUUGCUGUAAAGUUAAUAUUUUGACUUUGAUGGAGCUAGGCUCGUGACUACCAUAGACUUCAAGUCUUAAUGCUAAGCUAGCAUGAUGUGUUACCUUUAAGAGCUGAACCACUGAAUGUACAGAGGUGAAAAUGGUAUCAAACAUCUUCUAUCAGUGUGAGUAAGUUGGAAAAAGGGUAUUUUGCCCAAAACGUUGGAGUAUUCCUUUAAGGCUGCAGAAUUUAGAUGAGAGGUUGGGCGUGCUUGCCUUGUCAUGAUUUUUUCCCCCUCCUGCUAUAGGGUAAUGCACUUCCUGUUAGAGGUCUAAUCGAAGUUAUUUUUGUCUUGUUGGAAAUCACAGUGACUGGAAAUGAACAUGGUCACUGUAUUAACAUGCACCUGUAGGAACUUAAAAGUUUUUGACCAGUUUUUGUUCCUGUUAAUCUGCCUUGUUCACUUCUCUUUAUGCAUUUUGUCCAUCCUCCAGAACACUUCCAGAGUAAACCUGUUGUACUUUGUGGGCUCGCAUGCUUUACAUGAGCAGUUUGCUGUGAUCCACUCCUGGUACUAUAAAGUGUGCUGUUGUCGCAAACUUUUUUUUUUAAAAACAUACUGGAAAUCCAACCGAGCCAUGUCACCUGACCUCAGUUUUUCCGUUCUUUAUGUUGGAAUGUUCUUUUGUCCUGUGCUUAUUCUGGGAUGCUCUGCCAUCUCCCUGAUGCUACUCCUAAAACAGUUUCCUUGAUUUAAUUUAGAUUGCUGUAUCUAGGUAAACUAUUCUGUCUUCCUCUGUUCCACUGCUGUCACCUGUCCUGAUGUCUGACUUCACUGAUGAAGUAAAUAGUUGUUUAUACAUACAAGACUAUGUGGGAGGCUAACAUUGGAACUGGUUUCAACACACUAUCUACAUCUCAAUGCCCAGAUUAGUGUCUGCUACCUAUCAUCAGGAUAUACUUCCUACAAAAAUCACCAAUGAAGUGACCUCAAAUUUUGAAGUCUGUUCAUAUUAGAUGCCAUCUAAAGCAGAGCAUCUUUGUGAAGCACACAUUUUUAACCUAUUUUGAAUUCUCAGAUCUAAAAGAAUUACAUUCACAAAGCAAUUAUUUGGACUCCAAGGAAUUCCAGCAGUUGAAAUUAGUCAGCAACAUUGUGUCUAUUGUAUACCACAUCCAAUGAAUAACCAAGUAGUAUUUGUAAGCAGUUUUGCGGAAUGUAAACACAUUUUUACAAGUUUCCUUUCACAUUUUUAUAUUAUCUGUGUGAUUUUUUUUUUUUUAUAUAAGUGCUGUUGUCCUAAAUGAAGUAGCCAACUCAACACUGUUACCUGAAGUCUCCAGUCGUUUGUCUUUUAUGUUUGUUAUUGUGUGUCUGUGUGUCUAAAUGAAUGAUAACACUUUGAUUCUUCUACCAUUAACUUUUUUUUUUAAAUGGUGAACUGUUUCAGUCAUUGUUCUAUGCAAAUGUGCCAAUAAAACAAACUGAAACCAGA